AUGGAGAUUCCCCAGUUUUUGUUGGUAGAAAGGGAUGCGGCCUUAGCGCUUGCCCCUCUAUUGGCAGUACGUGUCCUUGAGAUGGCACGUACGAGGCAGGCAAACAAAGACUACCUCCUUGAGAAGAAAGUUUCUCUCAAAGAGCGUACGAUCCUUCGAGUGGCACAGGAAACCCCUGAGUCCGAGGAAGCUAGACUUUCUCGACUCAUCAAGGGGAUCCUCUUGAAGGACAAAAAACAAGCCCAUAAGACCAAAAAUGUCAAGAAACCGGCUGCCCCCAAGGGAAACAAACCUCAGGGGAUCAAAAAAUCGAAAGGAAAAGGAAAAGAGAAGGUGAAAACCCAAUCCGCUCCACAUCCAGCGUCGUCCACGAAGAGCCACAAGAGGAAGCCUUCAACAGACGGAAAAGGUGCCGAGAAGAAAGCGAAGCGAUGA